AGUCCGCAGAGAUGUCAGCCGUUAUCCCGGAGCAGGUCCGGAGCGAGCAGGGGAGCUGCAGCGGAGCCGAGCCGGAGCAGCCGGAGGCCGGCGUCUUGCAGCCGCAGACCGUGUUUGUCAUCCUGGACCCGGAGGAAACUCUCAACGUGGUCCGAGUGGAGUCUGGGAUCGUUGCUGACAUCGAGGUCGACGGUCUGCUGCCAUCUGACUGCGACACCUUCUAUGAAAUCAAGAGUCAGCCAAUCAGCAUCAGUUCAUCAGCAGCAGCUCCCUCCUCUUCAUCUUCUUCACUGCCGUCAGUGAUGUCAUCGAGGGUUUUGAUGCGUCAGGAUCUGAUGCGUCAGCAGGCUCUGGAGGAGGAGCAUAAAGAGACGCAGAAGAAGCAACAGCAGCUUCUUCGCUUCUCCGACUCCUCCUCGCCCAUCUGCGUCUCGGUGCCCUCCUCCUGCAUACCUCCUGCUCAGGUCCCUGUGGAGGUGCUAAAGGUGCAGACUCACCUGGAGAAUCCCACCAGGUAUCACAUCCAGCAGGCUCAGAGGCAGCAGGUCCGUCAGUACCUGUCCACCACCAAGACAGCCAAUCAGCAGCAGGCUGCAGUGGCAAGCCACUCCCCCCAGCUGGGUUCCACCCCUGGACAGCCAAUGGACGGGAGCCCCAAACAGGAAGUAGAAGACAUCAUCGUCGAUGACAUCAUCAGCCUGGAUUCGAGCCUGAACGACGAGUUUCUGACGCUGAUCGACUCGGAGCUGCAGCUCGCCAACACGCUCCCUGAUCCUGAGAACUUGCUGGACGGGUAUGGUGGCAGCGUCGGGAACACCAUGCCUACGCUUACCGUUAGUAACAGCUGCCCGGCCAACCUGCAUGCCGUCAAGAGAGAGCUGACUGAGGUGGAGUCCAAAGCUCUGAUUAAAGAAAGACAGAAGAAGGACAAUCACAACCUCAUCGAGAGGAGGCGGCGCUUCAACAUCAAUGACCGGAUCAAAGAACUCGGAGCUCUGAUCCCUAAAUCCUCUGACCCUGAGACGAGGUGGAACAAAGGAACCAUCCUGAAGGCGUCGGUGGAUUACAUCCGCAAGCUGCAGAAGGAACAGCACAGAGCCCGAGAGAUGGAGGAGAGGCAGAGGAGGCUGGAGAGCACCAACCAUUCGCUGAUGCUCCGCAUACAGGAGUUGGAGCUUCAGGCUCGCGUCCAUGGCCUCUCCUCUUCCUCCUCCAACUCACCUCCCCCGAAGUCCUCCUCCUCCUCUCUGGACCCCCAGACCCUGCUCUCUCCUCCACUGCUUCACCCCUUUUCCUCUUCCUCCUCCCCCCCCUCCUCCUCCUCCCUGGUGACUCCCUCUCUGGGUCUGGAUGCUCUGACUUUUACGGACCUAGAUGAGCCUCAGGGAGCCGCCACUGUUUUCUCCCCAGACCUGAUGUCUGACAUGGGGCUGACUGACCUGAACGGCCUGGGGGGCCUCCUGAUGGAGGACGGGAGCGGGGCAGGAGUGAUGUCCGACCCUCUGCUGUCCUGCGGAGCUUCGAAGACCAGCAGCAGAAGGAGCAGCUUCAGCAUGGAUGAGGAUCUUUGAUGACCCCAUCGCGCACAGGGAUCUGAUUGGCCAGAACUGAAGGCGGGACUUCAUUUUUAAUUUUUUUUUAGGGAACUGCUUUUCAAUCUGUGACAUCAACAAAGCAAAAAACACACCAAGGUGAUGCAGUGUAACAGAAACCAUCAGCAUGUCUUCCAGGGGACUCCCCUUUGUCCUGAAGUGUUGUUGUCACAGCUGUUGUUGCAAACCCCAGUGUCAAAAUUGUGUUCAGGUUCCUCACACGCACUCACCUGAACUGCUGAGACUCAAAGAAUCAUAAUUUUUUUUUUU